UCUAUAUUUACUGAAUUAUCAAAGAAAAAGAAGCCUAAAUUAAUAGGUAGAAGUAUCGGUUGAGGUAAAGGUAAAACAUCUGGUAGGGGACAUAAAGGGUAGAAGGCUAGGAGCAGUACCUCCAUAAAUGGAUUUGAAGGUGCACGACAGUCUAUGUAUACC